AUGAAGGAUAACAUAACCAACAACUUGUUAAUUGCGAAAGAAGAUAAGGCGGUUGCAAUGGAUCUUGCGGUUUCUUGCGUUCAAGAGUUAGCGAAGAUGUGUGCCACAAAUGAGCCGCUGUGGAACAAGAAGGGGUCAGACAACGAGAUAAUCUCUCUUAAUGAGGACGUGUACAAGAAGAUGUUCCAAUGGCCUUCAGUGGAUGAUAAUCAUUUUCGCAGAGAAGCUUCAAGAGCUAACACAGUCGUCAUCAUGAACAGUAUAACUCUUGUCAACGCAUUUCUUGAUGCUGAUAAAUGGUCGGAGAUGUUUUGCUCGAUAGUGUCAAGAGCCAAAACAAUUCAGAUCAUUUCUUCGGGAGUUUCUGGAGCAAGUGGGUCUCUUCUUCUGAUGUAUGCAGAGUUACAAGUGCCAUCUCCAUUAGUACCAACAAGAGAAAUUUACUUUCUACGGUAUGUGAAGCAAAACGCAGAAGCUGGAAAAUGGAUGAUUGUAGAUUUCCCGGUUGACGGUUUGAUCAAACCGGCUUCGGGUAUUACUACUACUGAUCAGUACCGGAGAAUGCCUUCUGGUUUCAUCAUUCAGGACAUGUCUAACGGAUACUCUCAGAUCACGUGGGUUGAGCACGUGGAAGUGGAGGAGAAGCACGUGCACCACGAGAUGGUUAGAGAGUAUGUAGAGAGCGGUGCAGCCUUUGGUGCUGAAAGAUGGCUAGCUGUGUUGCGGAGACAGUGUGAGAGGAUGCCUAGUCUCAUGGCUACAAACAUCACUGACCUUGGAGUGAUACCGUCUGUAGAAGCAAAGAGGAAGUUGAUGAAGCUGUCACAGAGUAUGGUGAGAACUUACUGUCUGACCAUAAGCAAUUCGUACGGACAAGCACUGUCUGAAUCACCAAAAGAGACGGUGAGAAUCACAACCAGGAAAGUUUGUGGUGGUGUUGUUCUAUGUGGCGUCUCCACCACGUUGCUUCCUUAUUCUCAUCAUCAAGUCUUUGAUUUUCUGCGCCACGAUCAUGGUCGCUCUCAGAUGGAGGAGAUGUUCAAUGAGAACCCGUUUCAAGAAGUAGCUCAUAUCGAAAAUGGAUCACAUCCUGGAAACUGCAUUUCGCUUCUUCACUUCCAUGGGGCUAGUAGUUCAAAUAAUGUAGAGUGGAUGCUUCAAGAAACAUGCACUGAUAACUCCGGCAGUCUCGUGGUUUACUCCACCGUCCACGCCAACGCUGUUCAGCUCGCUAUGAGCGGCGAGGAUCCUUCUAGAAUUCCUCUUUUGCCCUUAGGGUUCUCUGUUGUUCCUGUGAAUCAACCCCAUGUCGUUGAGGGCAUUUCCGUCAAUUUGGAUUCGUGUUUGCUCACCGUUGCGAUACAGGUCUUGGUGAGCAACGCCACCACAGCAACACUCAACCUUUCCACUACAGUUAUCAACGGCCCAACUAAAUCCAGAACGAAAGGCCUUCAGCCCCAAACAAACUGGACCUUCAGCCCACACCCAAAACCUAGGUCAGGAAACCCUAAUUUCCGCGCCACACCGAACGACGGCGGCGCAGCCCAACCCCCACUCACCACCGCGCUAACUUCACGUCGCCUGGGAUCUUUCUGUUUAGACAAAGGAAAAAUGACGUAUCAAAACAACAACAUAUCAGAUCAACAAAAAGUACAAAACUAAAGAAACAUAAGAUUUUGUGAUGUUGAGUUUUUGUUACAAGAGAUAUAUUAGCGUACUAGGUUAAGACCCGCGCCUUGCACGGGAUGAACAUUAUAUAUAUAAACUAUUUUAUAUAUUAUAUAUUUCUAACA